AUGGCAUUGCAGCUGCCUGCAGUGGAGCCGUACAGAACCGAGCAGGAACGGGAGCUUCGUGACCGGUGCGUAGCUGGGAGCUUUGGCCAGCUACGGGAGAAGCUUCUGCUGAAGGCAGCGGAGAAGGGAGACGACCUGACUUUGAUGGACAUCAGGAGCGCAGCCAGGGUCUACCAGGACUGCGGAAAGCCGGGGCACCUGAAGCGCGACUGCCCUGGAAGGAAGCCGUCUGGAGGCGGAGGACGCGGUGGACACGGGGGUCAGGUGAGACAGGUUGCUGACCAGACCCAGUGUAUGUUGUCUGUUGAGCCUGAUGGCCUGUGGAACGUCCAGAUGGGAGGAGGGAGUGUAGCUGGAGCCCCGACAGCUGAACUCCUCGUGAAUGGCGCAAACAUUGAGUUUGUUGUUGACACUGGUUCGCCUGUCACUAUUGUCAGUGAUCAGACUCUCGUCCCAAGGCUGAAGUUGAGACCUAGCCAGCUGGUGCUGACGUCGUUCACCGGCCAGGAGGUCCCGUUGGCAGGAGAGGCUGACGUGAGCGUGGAGCUGCGUGGACAGCAGAAGAUGCUUCGGCUGGUCGUCAGCAGGCUGCCUCCUCACAAGCCUCUGAUGGGGAGAGAAUGGAUCGGUCCACUUCAGAUGGGCCUGAAGUCACCUGCACAGGUAAAGACGAUUGACCUGUCGCUAGACCAGGUGCUGCAGCGGCACGCUGAUGUGUUCAAGGAGGAGCUGGGGAAGCUGUCCGUGAGAGCGCGUCUGCAGCUGAAACCUGGGGCCCAACCGGUCUAUUACCCAGCUAGGUCAGUCCCCUUUGCUCUCAGGUCUGCUGUGGAGAGGGAGCUCAACCGCUGGAUCUCAGAGGGGAUUGCGGAGAGGGUUGACAGUAGUCAUAACUCGGGAUGGGGGACUCCGCUCGUCCCCAUUCCGAAGGCAGAUGGCGUACGUCUCUGUGCUGACUACAGGUUGACCGUCAACCCCCAGAUCGUGCCGCAGAGACAUCCCACUCCGACGCCGGAGGAGGUCUUCGCAGGUGUCCAGGGUAAGGUGUUCGCGAGGCUGGACUUGCGAGACGCCUACUUGCAGCAGGAGCUGGAAGCCGACUCCAAGGACAUCACAACGGUGACCACUCACAUCGGGAGGCUGCGCAUGAACCGGCUGCCCUUCGGUAUCAGUGAGUGUUGUGGGAUUUUCCAGUCAGCUAUUGAUCAGAUCUUGGAGGGCAUUGAUGGUUGUGUGGCGUAUCUUGAUGACCUGUUGGUGACGGGUGAGAACGAAGCAGACCUCCUGAGGCGCCUUGACAGGGUUCUGGGUAGGCUGAAAGAGCACGGGGCUAGACUCAAGAGGGAGAAGUGCGAGUUCAACAUAAGAGAGGUCAAGUACUUGGGGUGGAUCAUUUCUGCAGACGGGUUGAAGCCUGUUCCAGAGAAGGUGGCAGCAGUGGUCGGCAUGCGCGAGCCGAGGAACGUCACCGAGCUGAGGGCGCUGCUGGGUUCAGUGAACUACUACCAGCGCCUGGUCCCCAGCUUGGCUUCGAUGCUGGCGCCGCUCUACGCGCUGCUCAAGAAGGGGGCGGUAUGGCGCUGGACGGCAGCGUGCCAGUCGUCUUUGGACCAGGUAAAGAGGGUGCUGACAAGUGGAAGUGUGCUGAUGAGAUUUGACCUGACCCUCCCUCUCAAGCUCGUCACUGAUGCAAGCAGCGUUGGCGUUGGAGCAGCUCUCGUCCAUGUGCUUCCAGACGGGACGGAGAGACCGGUGUGCUUCGCUUCGCGGACGCUGACAGCGACGGAGCAGAAGUACGCCAUGGUAGAGAAGGAGGCGGUCGCAGUAUCCUUCGGUGUCAGAAGAUUCAGCCAGUACCUGUAUGGUAAGCACUUCCAUCUCGUGACCGACAACCGUGCUCUGUCUCACAUCUUGAACCCACAGAGAGAGCUCCCGGCACUGUCAGCUGCGCGUAUGCAGAGAUACGCCCUUCAGCUCGCGGCGUUCUCGUACGAGGUCGAGCUGAGGAAGUCUGAGAACAUGGGGCUGGCUGAUGUUCUGUCGCGACUGCCGCAGGUUGGAGCCGACGGAGACUCUGUGGAAGAGGAAGAGGUGUACCUGGUACGGCACUGGGAGGAGGAAGGACCAGCUCUGUCGGCCCAGGAGGUGGAGACGCUCACCCGACGAGACUCCACUCUGGGGAGAGUUCUGACGUAUGUUCGUUCGGGAUGGCCCUCUGUAGUGGAGCCCGAGUUUAGAGCAUUUAAACAGCGCUCUACCGAGCUCUCUACGGAUGGGGACUGUUUACUGUGGGGCGGAAGGGUGGUUGUGCCCACAAAAAUGCGCAACAGAGUGUUGCAGGAGCUGCAUGCUGGACAUCUGGGAUCCGUGAAGAUGAAGCAGCUGGCCAGAAGGUAUGUCUGGUGGCCCGGACUCGACACCGAGCUGGAGAGCCUGGCCAGAGUCUGCGGGUCCUGCGUUGAGAAACGCGCGGCGCCUCCAAAGGUUUCCACGGGGAGGUCGCCGGCGGAGUUGCUGUACGGCCGGACUCUGAGGACCCGGCUCGAUCUUCUUCGCCCCGACCGUGCGCAGACGGCUGUCGACUACCAGGCGCGGAUGGCGGAGACAGCUGGCGGCGAGCUGCGCGGGUUCGGCAUCGGCGAGGACGUCUGGGCUCGCAGCUUCUCUGGACCCAAGUGGCGGCGGGGCCGUAUCGCUGCCAAGACGGGACCUGUCUCCUACGAGGUGGACGUCGGGGACACCUGCUGGAGCCGUCACGCCGAUCAGCUGCUGCGUGCCGGGCAGUCUGGGCGAGGGGUGACACCGGAGGACAUCGCCGGGCCUGACCGCGCAAGGACGCCGCUGGACGCCGCCAUGGGCGGGACGCUGCCGGCGCCGGCCGCUGGGCCGUCAGCGAGCGGGUCGGCGGGGGCGACGGGUUCGGUGCCGGCGGCUGCGGUGGUGGCGCCGUCUCCGGGGCCGGAGGAGGCUGGGCGGCCGCCGCCGCCCGAGGCUGAGCGGCCGCCGCCGCCCGACUCCCCUGGGCCGGCCGGGGUGCCUGCACGUGAGACUCAGACACGUGAGACUGCACGUGAGACUGUCGUGCGCGGCGCGGACACUGCGUCGCCGGCCGAGUGUUCGGAUGCGGUGCCGGUCUUGCGGCGCUCCUCGCGGGUGCGACGUGAGCCCGACCGCUUGGUGGUGGGUUAGUGUUUUGAUAGUCGUACAUAUGCACAUCAGUGGCUACGUUUCUGUUUGUUUUGCUUGUGUUCGGUAGCUGGGCGCUUAUUUAGCAGGGGGUGGUGUUGGGUAGUGUGUGCUGCCCUCUAUACAGUAGUUAUGUCACGUGUGCCUUUUGGCGCGCUAUUCAGUCUUGGCUGUGCCGUCCUGCCGUUUGGUCGCCCAAUACAUCUCUACUCUGAA